AUGAGGGAGAAGUUUGAUAAAUACUGGGAGGAGUAUAGCGUGAUUCAUGCAAUGGGGGCUGUCUUGGAUCCUAGGAUGAAGUUAAAGCUUUUGAAGCGUUAUUAUGGUGAGCUUGAUCCAUUCACCUCCCAAGAAAAAGUUGAUCAUCUUGAGGAUCAGCUUAGGAAGAUCUUUGAUGAGAAUAGAAGACAGCUCUCUUUGACCCCUGUUGUGAGCUUUACAAGACCAUAUUCUCGUGCUUCUGAGCAAGGAACAGAGACCGAGAACUUUGGUGUGUUGGAUGAUUUGUUUGAGUUAGAUGAUAUUCCAGAGACUGCGGAACCAGGAAAGUCAGCAUUGGAUAUAUAUUUAGAGGAACCAAAACUAGAAAUGAGAGCUCAUCCUGAUUUGAAUGUGUUGCGAUAUUGGAAAGAGAACAUACAUCGUUUUGGCGCACUAGCAUUCAUGGCAAUGGACAUUCUCAGCAUUCCUAUUACCACUGUGGCUUCUGAAUCUUCUUUCAGUAUUGGAGCUCACGUAAUAAGCAAGUACAGAACUCGCCUUAUCCCUAGAAAUGUGCAAGCUUUAUUGUGUACUCGGUCUUGGAUUCAUGGCUAUAAAGUUGAUGGUGAAGAUGAUGAAGAUGAGAUAGUCAUUAUCCGAGAGGCUCCAAGUCAAGCACUAACAACUCCAAAUCAAGACCAUCUUGAUGUAGCUAUAACUCGUUUAAGUUAUGUGUAUUGUGUUGUAGUUAUGGUGCAGCUUGAUAUAGCUGGUUUGUGA